AUGUCUGAGCGGAGAACAGAAUUCGAAGCCCUACAUGGUGAUACGGGCAACAUAGGGGCCCCGACUGUCGAGGAUCAGAUCAAUGCAAUCGGCAUGGGGAGGUUCCAGUACUUCCUCUUGUUCAUAUUCGCGCUCAUGGUGAUUACUGAUGGGAUGGAGAUGGUGGUUAUCAGUUUGCUGUAUUCAGCGCUGCAUACGGAGUGGGGGUUGAGUGAGCUGGAGGAAGGACUCCUUGCCAGCGUCAUUUUCACUGGCUUUUUAUUUGGGAACCUCGUCGGUGGUUACCUUGGGGAUGUAUGGGCUACGCUCUCUGCCUUCUCUCCCGACCUCAUCACUCUCUGCAUCCUGCGCAUGUUCGUUGGCUUCGCGGUUGGCUGCAAGCUGCCGGUGUCCAUGACGAUCCUCGUGGAGCUGACGCCCUCCAAGAGCCGAGGGUUUUACGGCAUGGCGCUGUCUGGCUUCGCCUUCUCGGCAGGAGAGAUGUUCGUGUGCUUGGCUGGGAUCAUCAUCCACACGCUCGACACCUCCCCUGACUGGCAAGCUCUGCCUGAGUUCCCCGUGACCUCUGACCGCAACCUGCUGCAGGUGGAGAACCUUGCUGAUCGCCUGCAGAGCCCGCACUUCCUCUUGACUCAGGGCCGCGAGGAUGAGCUGGACGCGCUGCUCGAGGAGGUGGCGGUCGUCAACACGGGAAGUCGGAGUGCUCUCUUGCAGGACGGUCGUGUCAGGCACGUCCACCACGAGGAGGCGCCUCGAGAUUCCUGGCUUGUCCUGGAUCUUUUCUCGAGUAAGCUAAGGUCCAUCACGACCUUCAUGAUGAUCAUAUGGUUUGUGUGCUGCUUCACUUACUACGGGCACGUGUUCAUCUACCCCAUCGCCUUGGAGCAGCGAUAUCACAUGCAGCUCGAGAACGCCUUCUUUGCUGUCUUCCUCUCGAGCCUCGCAGAGAUUCCGGGAGUCAUUCUGGGGAUCAUGAUCGUGGACAUGGAGGGGGUGGGCAGGCGGCGAUCGAUCCUCGUCUUCUUCAUCGCCGCGAGCCUCAUGGCGUUGGUGGUCCCCUACUUCACGGAGUCGACGGACUUCCUGAUCGGCAAUAUGGUGCUCAAGAGUCUCAUCAACACCCCGUUCUGCAUCCUCUACGUGUUCGCGGCCGAGCUCUUCCCCACCACUCACCGGGCAUCCGGCAUCGCCUUCUGCAGUGCCAGCUCGAGGGUCGCCGGGGCUCUCUCGCCGCUGGUCACGGCCUGGGCCCUGACGCAGUCGGUGGACAUCACGUACGACAUCUUCGCGCUGGCCAUGGCGCUGGGAGCCUUAGCCUCCAUCUCGUACGAAUACGAGACGAGCCAGGCGCAGCUCCCCGAGUACAUGGACGACGCGUUUGACAAUACCCACAAGUCGAAGAAGGCGGAGGAGAGGCCUCUCCUCUCCAACCGGGCCUGA